AUGGAAGGUAAAAUUGAUGAACAAACCGGAGAUAUAAAUGGUAAUGCCGAGGAUUCUGUAGUGGAGAAAGUGGAUGGAACCGGUACUGGUGGUGCAACGAAUGAUGGAACGAAUGAUGCUGAGAGCACGGAGACGGUGUAUGUGAAUAAUUUGAAUGAUAAGGUGUCGGUGAAUAAACUCAAGGGAGAAUUGGAGAGUGUGUUUCAGAAGUACGGGAAAAUUAUACAGAUCACAGCACAUAAGAACCUCAAAAUGAAGGGACAGGCAUUUGUUACAUUUGAGAACAAGACAGCGAGUGAAGCUGCAAUCCACGGAUUACAGGAGCACGAGUUGUUUGGGAAGCCCAUGCAUGUAGAGUACGCUAGAAGUAACUCGGAUAAUUACUACCGUGAUAUAUUGAAGGAUGAAGAGGCGAUAGAAAUACGGAAGCAGUUGAAGAUGAAGGCUAACGAACAGGCAGCAGGUGAUGCUAAGGGAGUCAAGAAACUGGGAGUCAAGAAAGCACAAACCUGGAAGGCCAUCCCACCCAACAAGAUACUUUUGAUCCAGAACUUGAAGCCCGAAAUCACCAAUGGAGACCUUUUGGAGUUUUUUGAAGCGUAUGGGGGUUUUAUUAAUAGUCGGUUGGUGAAGGUGAGGAAUUUGUCGUUCAUUGAAUUCGAAAACGAAAUGUCGGCUACGAAUUGUCUAGAGGACUUAACCAAGGAAAAGUUGGAACAGUUUGGCACCGAUGCAUUGGUAACGUAUGCUAAGAAGUAG